GUGCAGCGUUUUAAAUCUUCAGCGAAUAGAACUUUAUCGUUGACAAUGUUCUCUUUCGAUGUGCAGGACAAGCAGGAGGUUGUAAUUGAGAAGAUUGUCCGCAACAAGCGCAAAUGCUUCACUGUGGUGAAAGGACUUGAAUUGUUUGGUGUAAAGCUGAGUGAUGCUUCAAAGAAGCUUGGGAAGAAGUUUGCAACUGGAGCUUCUGUUGUUAAGGGCCCAACUGAGAAGGAGCAGAUUGAUGUUCAAGGGGACAUAUCAUAUGAUAUUGUGGAGUUUAUUACAGAUACGUGGCCUGAUGUAAGUUGUCCAUCAUCUUUGCACUUUAUUAUGUUUACAUUUUUUAUUUGUUUUCAUGUAUGUUUUUUUGAUACUGUAUCCACCUUAUAAUUUCCUUAUACACAUCAUUCGGUGUCACAACAGUAUGUGUGUGGGAAUACAACACCUAAAUAUGUUAUCUGACAAUUAUAUUUGCAUUGAGAAAUGAUACAAAUGUAGUUAAACAAUAUACUUAAGACUGAUAAAGUGGAAGAGUAGCAUUUUCUGCUCAUUGUUUGGAACAAUGAAAAUACGAUUGGGGGUGAUCUUUCUGGAAUGUAGUUGAUCCAUGGGUUUUCUGUUCAUUUUUCAUUUUCUAUCAGAAUGCUUAAGGCAAGAACAUAUACCUUUUUCUUAGUUCAUGUCGGUGUUGCACAAACGCUAUAGGUUUUCGUUCCAUAGAUCUUGCUUCAUUUCCUUUAGUGAAAGUAGAUGUAUUUUGUUUAAGCAAAAUAGUUUUGUUAUAUCUUUUCUUAGAGUAACAAGUGAUUCUCACGACAGUGUGUCUGUUCUCUACUGAACUAUGUCUCAACUAUGACUAGAUAUGACACCGUGCCAUGUAAAACUGCUGAAAAAGAUAAUUUAAUUAUUAUAUUUGCAUUGAGUAAUGAAACAAAUUUGGUUAAAUAAUAUACUUCCACAAUGAUAAGGCGGAAGAGUAAUUGAUUGGGAUAGGAUUAGAGAACCAAAGUUCCAUGGUAGAUGUAAUGAAGUUGAUCCAUGUGUUUUCUGUUCAUUUUUUAAUCUCCUAUCAGAAUGCUUUAAGACAGGAAGGAACCACUCUGUUCUUUUUUCCCCUUAGUUCAUGUUGUUGUUGCACAAACACUAACUAUUUUCCUUCCAUAGAUCUUGUUCGGUUCCUGUUACUGAAAAUAUUCUUAUUUUUUUUAAGCAAAAUAGAGUUGUUAUACAUUUUCAUUAGAGUAUAAUAAUAAGUCAUUCUGGCUGCCAUAUUCUGUUAUGUCUCAAGUAUGACUAGAUAUGACAAUGUGCGAUGUAAAACUUCUGAAAAAGAUAAUCUAUGAUUUCUGAGGAGUUUGUGCGCAUAAUAUGG